GAUUGCUCUGCUUGCUUUUAUAAAAUGUAGGCCUAUCUUCUUAGAAGAUCUCUCUGCUAGAUCUACAACAUUUUGGUGUCUCUAGAGAUCUAGAUCUAGUUCUUCAAUAGGCCUAGCGGGUUGGCUCUGGAAUACGCAAGCUUUAACAUCAGUUGAUAAUACUCAAAAGUAUAUGCUACGAUUCGUACACCAAACGUAACAUAGUCUGUUUUGGGAUGUACACUGAGAUACUAUGCCGAAGUUGUUGUUAUUGGUUGUCAACUGCUGUAACACGUAACACGGCUGUGUGCAAUUGACUUUCGUGGGAGUUCCAGAAUCUGUUCCUGCUGCUAUUGUAGCUGUUGAUUCCCCAAAGCUGUUAGCAAUGAGCAAGACCCCGCAGCAUCCCUCCAGUGGGGGAAGUAUCCGAGGUGAUGUUUCCUUCAUCAGAGCCACGUCAAAUCCAAGUAUAUCUGCAGGCUCUUCGUCUACCAGCAUAGCUACUUCGAAUCAAAAUAUUGAGCAGUUAACAGCUCAGCACUUUGUUUCAACCUCUGUGACAUCCCCUCACUCCACCCCAGAGAAUCCUCAUCAACACCAACAUCAUCUCCAUCAUCAUCAGCAUUCACAGCGCCAGCAUCAGCAACAGCAACAGCUCCAUAUGCAGCAACAGCCAUAUCUCCCCGAGCACAUGGAUCCACAGCAGUACAUGCUGAAGCAAGGUCAGGGUCAUGGGGCUGGUGGUGCUAGCGGUGAUUCAGUUCGUCUGUCCUCACACACAGGUGUGGAAGGCUGGAGUGACAGAGAGGAAGCCCUGGCAGCAGAACUAGAUGAGGCAAAGAUCAGGGUGGCCCAGAUGGAAAAGACAAUGCGAUGGUGGUCAGACUGCACUUCUAACUGGAGGGAGAAGUGGAACAAGGCACGCAAUGAACGCAAUAAGGCUCGUGAAGAGAACCGUCUUCUUAGGACCAAACUGGAGUCCCUUGCUAAAGAACUAUCUCGAUUAAAAAGAGAAAAGAAGGAAAAUGCUCUGGAGAAAGAUCUGAAUCCAGAAGAAAGUCUCACUUCCACAGUGUCAAAUUCGUCUAAAUCUCAAGAAAAACAUUCUGAGUUGUCCGAAAAAGAAAGGUCGACCAUUACGGGUAUAAGUGAAAAAGAGAGUGAAAGUGUUGGGGAUAGUGGUGAUCUCUCUUCUCUCAAGAGCAGGAAAAAAGAGGGCUUACAUAGCAACACUGAGAAAGAUCUGGACGAUGUUGAAAUAGCUGGAGGUGAAGGCUCUCUGUCCAGUGGGAGCACAGCUAUGACCACUGAAGUAGCAGAUCGACUUUCACAGCUGCAGGAAAGACAGGCUCACUUGGAACAAGAACUGACUCAGGCUCUGAGAAAAGCAUCUCAGGCAGCUGAAAACUCUCUUGUGAUGCAGAGAAAACUUGAUGAGGCAAAUAAUACUGUGCAAGCUGAGAGAUUGGAGAAGUGCAAUCACCUCAAGACAAUAGAAAUUUUGCAGCAACAAGUCACCGAUCUUCAAGAGUCAGCAAGAGAAAAUGAAGAUCUCAGGCACAGCUUGAAGAUGGAGCAAAGCACUGAUUCUGAACGGUCGCUUGAGGACGUGCUGGACAAGGUCACGGAGCAACACAAGCAGGAACUGGCCAGACUCACCCUUGACCUUGAGGAUGAGACGAGUUCAAGGUCGACCAUGGACCGCCGGGUCACGGAGCUGCGCAGAGAG